UCACACAGCCAUUUUUUCGAGUUGAAAUUUGCUGAAACAGCUAACGCUCAUUGAAAUUUAUUUGAAAAUUUAACCAGUUAGUUGAAACGUUUGAAUAAAAGUGAUAAAAAUAAGUUAAAUUGUUCGUUUAGAGGAAGAUGAGCUUGUUUAGGACAAAGAAGGAACUCGAUAAACAUGUGCGUACAACACUUGCGAAAUUACGCACAGACAAUGAGAAAUGUCUACGUGGAGUUACCAUCAGCCGACUGUACUACAAACUCGGUGAAUUUAGCAGCGCCCUACAAUAUGUGUCCUCCUAUUUGCAAGUGAAAAAUGACUCCGCCCAGGCGUAUCGAUUGCAGGGGGAAUGCUACGAAAAACUAAACAAAAUUGACAAAGCACUGAAGGCCUACCAGCAAUCGUUGAACUUGGAGCCGAAGCAGUUCGACCUGCUGAAACAAAUUUGUAAGCUGAUACUGGCCAACGAAGACAUUUUAUCGUCUGGCCAGGCGCAAUUUUGGUGUGAUUUUGCCACCUCCCAAAACUGUCAGGACGAGUCGGUGCUGAAUUUAAGGUUGAAAGUGAUGAACCGAAACAACGUCGAUCCGAAACAGGUUCAAGACGUUAUUUUGGGCGAAAUAAUGGCACGUCCAACGGAUGUAUCGUUGCGCAUACGUUUGGUGAAUCAUUACUUGGACCAAAAUCGAGUGCCCGAUGCAUUCCGAUACACCUACGACAUUGAGAUGAAGCAAAACGAAUUCUUUGCGCAGUCGAUCGAUUGGUACAACACCAUUUCGUCCGUACUGGCCAAGUGUAACACCGAGCAGAAGACCAAGUGGCCAUUUUGGUUGCUAUCGAUUAUGGCAUUGGAGCGACAAUGUUUCUUGAAGUUGUGUGCGGCAGAGAUUAUGAAGCAGCAGCAAAUCUUAAAUCUAACUGAAUGUGCCAAUUUGUUGUUCGAAUUCGAUCAGACGUUGUCAGCAGCAUCGUCAAUCGUUUUGACUCUGUGUUCGGAACGUGAACUGGCCGCUCAAUUUCUACAUCAUUACCGUGGUCAAUUGUGCUUACAUGCAGCUACGUUUCUAUUUAAACGAGACCGUAUGCAACAGUCACAGAACCGUGAUUCGACCAUAAAUGCAUUGGCGCUUCUCCUGGUGGCGUACAACUGUGGAAUAGCUAGCAACGAUGAGCCCUGGCUGCGGAAUAGCAACGAAUCCACUAGACACUUGAUUCGACUGUGGAGCCAAGAGGGUGCUUUCCGGUGCUCACAAGCCGGUAGGACGUUAUUGUCGUGCAUUGAUGAUGACAAGCAAAACAACUCCGUUAUGGCAAACAUUCGCAAAAUCUGCACCGAUUGGACUACAUCAGAAGAAUUGGUCAAUCAAUUGAGACGAGUUAGUUGCAGCAGCGAUUGGCGUAAAAAUCUGUUCCGAAUGCUGUUCAACAAUCGGGAUCAUGCGGGCAAAUCAACAUCGUCACACUUACUGAAAUGCACCGAGAUGGACGACCUCAACUACGAAUUACCAAAAGUUGGCGAUCUGGACACGUACGAGGAAUGCGCUCAAUGGUUGCGUCCGUCGUCAUUAGCCCAAAUGGUCUACUUGUACAUUGGUGCGUCGAAUCUUUCCGAUCUCACCUGUCAAACAUUCAACGGUCUCAUCAACCUCUCGACUUCGAAUUUGUUACACUGCGGAGCUGAUACAUUGAACCAACUGGACGUUGACACGUUUCUGUAUGCUACCACCAUCCAAGCGAAACGGAAAUUGGAAAUUGAACGUAGCGCAACGGAAAGCAUCAACAAGGGCACGAAUUUCAUCAAACCGAAAAUCUUGCCAUUCGCAAACAUUGCAUCAAUGUUGGCCACCGAAGAACAGGCCAAUUGGUGGCUGUCCGCAUACAAGGUGUGUAAAAACAUAUCCGGAGAAGAUUUGGCUGAAGUGCGUCAACAACUGCAGUAUGGAAUCGAAGCGGUUCGUGGUGUGGGCGGCCCGAAAAUGGACGUCAUUAUCUGCUUGAAAUUGGGACAAAUAUUCCUGAAGCGAUCGCAGACGUCAUCGAAAGUGGUUGAACAGGGAUUCUUGGAUGCCCGUACGCUGGCGCUGUUCAAAUUCAGCUUACACAUGAUCAAAAUGCAGAACAGCCGUAACAUUGACUCCAGAUUGUUCAAGUACGCAAACGGUCAAGACGUCGAAAUCGAGAAGCAAGUGGACAAUUUGGCAGAAGAGGCAAUCACCCAUCUAGCAUCGUAUUACUUCCAAAGCAACGGCUACGAGGAAUGCAUUGAUGAACUGUCGAACAUUCCGCUUCCGUCUGCCACGUAUUUCCUCGCGAAAGCUUACCGACGAAUGGAAGAGUCGAAUCAAACACCGAAGAAGAACCAACGCAUCUACAGUGACAAGGCCUUCGAUUAUUUACAGCAAACGCUUGCGCUACUGGACCAUCCUAACGUUGAUCAAAAGCAUCCGCUACGCGUUAUAGUAAACAGGGACAUAAGAAAGUUGCAGCAACAGCAUUCAUCAUCGUUCAACGGUAGCUUCACAAAUGGAGGAACAUACAGCGGUGAUACAUCACAGAACGAAACGUUUCACGAUCGACACCGACGUGAUGUCACACCGUCGAUCGACGAUAGCCGCAUCGACAAAAUGGAGAAACUAAUCACCCAAAUGAUGGACACGCUGACAGUGCGCUUUGACAGGGUGGAAGAUAAAAUCGGUCAGCUCGAAGACAAGAUCGGUCAGAUUGAAGAUCAGAUCAACAAGAAGAAUGACGCGAAUGUCGAUACGGUCGGUCUAGAUGACAUUAUUGACGAAGAAUUACAGGCCCAAAACUUCAUGGGCAAUUCAACCAUGUUCCCCAAUUACGGCCAACAGCGAAUCCACACUCCGAACCAGAUGAUCCCGCAAAUGCUUCCCGGAGUGGCCUGUACACAGCAGCCCAUGCUCAAUCCGUACGGCAAUCAAUACUACAACAACAUGUACCAAAUGGGAAUGAAUCAAUACCAAGCAUCAUUGAUAACACCACAGCGUACACCCUUAUUGAUGGCGCAACAGAAUGCAUACGCUGAUGUGACGUACAAUGCACAAUUGACUGAUCCACGCAACAAUCUGCAUAGUUUGCUAACACAGCAACAAACGGUUCAAUCGCAAAGCACAACCAUGCCCAGUAUACAAACAAGUACUGUGACUACAAUGCCAAUCACAAUCCAACCAGCACCGCCACAACAAAUUACACCCACAUUGCCAACUCUACCUGUUGCUGCUAAUACGUCAUCGGAAAAGGCGCAACAAAAUGUUGUUCGUACAUGGAAUUCAUCAUUUAACAACACUCCGAUCGAGAAGGGACCACCAGUCAAUGUCGUAAUAACCAACUCAGAACCGCUGCCAUCACUACAAACAACAGCUGUAACGAGUCAACCAGCACUCAGCGUUACCAUUCCAUCGAUUCACAUCAAAAAUACGAUCGCAUCAAAUGAUCCACCAGCGGUAUCAUUCACUAUAUCAGCAAAUCCACCGCCUCUAGCAGCAACUGCUGCACAGCCGAAAAUCGAUCUGUCGAAGAAAGAGACAGUGAAAACCAAUCCACUGUCAUCGACACCAAUCCUAGGCGUGACGGAUAAGGCGAAGGAUACUAAGACAUCGAAACCGAGCCCAUUCGCAAAUUUCUCGUUCGGUAAUUUAUCAUCGAACACAACCGGCGGAACAUCCAACAUAUUCGGAUCGCUAGUGAAACCAGCUGAACCAAUUGCUCCGAAACCGGUUCUGACAACUGACACUAAAACAGAGACUUCGGUUGCAAACACUUCCGGUACCAAGGACGACGAGGAUGAGUACGUACCGACUGCUGAAUUUACUCCACUCAUUGCACUACCCGAUUUGGUUGAGGUGAAAACCGGCGAGGAAGAGGAAUUGGUGAAAUUCGAACAUCGAGCCAAAUUGCUGCGUUUCGUGAAAGAAUCCAAAGAGUGGAAAGAGCGUGGCGUUGGUAACAUGAAAGUGUUGGUCAAUAAGAACGAUCUGAAUAAAGUUCGUCUGCUGAUGCGACGUGAACAGGUGUUCAAAGUGUGUUGCAAUCAGUUCAUCACGAAAGACACAAAGUUCACGAAAUUACCGAAAUUGGACACCGCAUUGAGUUGGUUCGGUCAGGACUUUUCGGAAAAUGAAUUGUCGACGGAAUUACUAGCCGUGAGAUUCAAGACAGCCGAGACGUGCACUGAAUUCCACAAUGCAAUUCUGGAUGCUCAAAAGAGUAUGAACGGGGACAUAGUGAACGAGGAGGCGACAAAGUCGAAGAGUUCCGUUAAAGAAACUAAGGAAACGACGACAAAACAAGGAUUCGGUGACCAAUUCAAGCCAGUCGUUGGAUCAUGGAACUGUGACAGUUGUUAUGUGUCAAACAACUCCAGCAAUGUCAAAUGUGUCGCUUGCAACACACCAAAAGAUAAACCAGCAGCGAAAGAAGCACCCGCUCCGGUUCAAGCUAAAGCGCCAGCUGGUACAGUAGGCAACGGAUUCGGUGAUAAAUUCAAACCUCAGCCGGGUGCCUGGGAAUGUAAACUUUGCUACAUUUCGAACAAAGUUUCGGACAUUUAUUGCCUUGCGUGUGAAUCGCCCAAAGACGACACUGUGCCGAAAAAGGAGCCCAAAAAUUUACUCAGCUCGUUGUCAUCAUCGUCCACUCCAAAAUUCUCAUUCGGAGUUCCGGCUAAUGCUCCGAUUGCCAACAACAACACUGCUCCGGUUACAAACAACGCAAUCACCACCUCGUCAUCACCAUUUUCGUUCGGUGCAUUCACUGCAAUGACCACGAAUAAUGUAACAUCAACACCCGCUUUCGGUACGACACUCGGACAACCGACACCUGGUGGAUUUACAUUCGGCAGUACCGGAUUGAAUGCAAAAUCACCGUUUGAAGUGACGCCAUCCAAAGAUUCAACGACGAAAAAGGAUUCAACUCUCGGAGAUGUUUCCACCAAGUUGGAACAGAAGGAGAAUUUCUCGUUCGUGUUCAAGCCGAAAUCACCGGGCAAAGUAAAAAGUCCGUUGAAAGCUGAUGGUGUCGAAGAUAUAUCAGACGAUGAGAAUGUAGAGGAGGAGGAGAACAACACUUACUUCACACCCGUCAUUCCAUUGCCCGAUAAGGUCGAGGUGAAGACUGGAGAAGAAGAUGAAGAAGUUUUGUAUUCGCAUCGUUCAAAACUGUUCCGUUUUGCUGAAGGUGAAUGGAAGGAACGUGGUCUGGGUGAUGUCAAGAUCUUGCGACAUAAGGGAAACAAAAAAUUGCGUGUGGUAAUGCGACGAGAACAGAUCCUAAAGAUCUGCCUGAAUCAUGCCCUCAACGAAGACGUCGAGUACAAUGUCAAGGAUGACAAGUCUUGGCAUUUCAUUGUCAACGAUUUCAGCGAAGGUGAAGUGGAAUUGAUGCAAUUCUGCCUGCGUUUCAAAACACCGGAAAUAGCUCAAGAAUUCCGACAGGCUGUUCGGGACGCAUUAGGUGGAAAUCCAAUCCAAACGUCGAAUGGAACCGUUUCAGAUGACAAUUUGACCCAGGAAGAAAAAACGAAAAUUUCUCAACUCAAACUGCCGUCAGGAUUCUACAGCCAUAAAACCGAUUGUACGGGUUGCCGUGGUUGUAGUGCCGAUGACUUUGUUUUCGAUAAUAACAAGGACAUCAAUUCGGACCUUACCGACGACAAUCCGCUACCAUUAAAGCAACCGACGAAACAUUUCUCGAAAACACCGGGCAAACCAGCACUAACCACAUUCGGUCAAUUGUCGAAAACUAGCGAAACGUCGAGAAAUAUUUUUGGUUCCUUUAACAGCAGCUCGGCCGGCCAAGGAUUGUUCACACAAUUGUCCUUCACUCCGAAUACCAAAGAGUCCACGUCAAUUUUCGGCAGCAGCAACAUAUUUGGUGGCAAUAAAUCGACCACUUUCCAGGCGACAAACGAUGAGCCGAAAGUUGCAACUUCUGCGGAUGAAGUAAAGAAGAACUUUUCGUUCACAAAUACCCUGAAACCGUCGGUAUUCGGUCAAAACAUCUUUGGUCAGGGGGCAGCUACAGCACCAACAUUAAACGCAACUUUCGGCACCACUCCUAUUAAAACGACAGACAGUACUGGCGCAGCAAACUCAUUUUCGUUUGGAGAGACGCUACGUCUAACUUCGGCAGACUCACAAUCUACGACCACACCAGCUGCGAGUCUAUUUUCAUUUGCAAAAGCCGGAAACGGUGAAGAUGCCAGCACGGCGACAUCAACAAACCCAACCUCCAGUGAACAAAAUGUAUUUGGAGCUGCAGUAAAAGGCGCAUCACUUUUCGGAUCAUCUCUAAACGCAACGAAUAAUUUCAGUGCAACAAAAUUCAGUUUUGCCAGUCCUUCAACAUCAAACAACAAUGCGGACCUAUCUGCUCCUAUGCGUGACAAUGGUCUCAGUUUUGCCGCUCUCGCUAAGUCUAACGAAAGCGGAACAGUCACUUCCACAUCGAACACAGAAUCUCCUUUCAAAAUCGAUUCGAGCUUAAGUUUUGCCUCACUUGCCAGCCAAUCGACGCAAUCAUUUAACGCAACAGCUACACAAGGUGACGCUAAGCAGGGUUUCUUUGGCCUUUCGAAUGAAAAUGCUUUCAGCAAUUUCCAAAAAUCAGUCGCAACCGCAAAUGAUAGUAAGGAUGACAGCAAUGCCGACGAUGCCAAUUACGAUCCACAUUACGAUCCCAUAAUUCCUUUGCCUGAUGAAAUUGUUGUGCGAACCGGCGAAGAGGACGAAGAGAAACUGUUCGGCGAACGGGCCAAGCUGUAUCGAUAUGAUGCGCCCAACAAGGAAUGGAAGGAGAGAGGCGUCGGCGAAUUUAAAAUCCUCUACCAUCCGGCCAAUGACACGUACCGGUUCUUGUUGCGCCGUGAGCAGAUCUUCAAGUGCGUGCUGAACCAUCAGUUGAGCGCCGAUUUGUGUGUGAAUGCAAUGAAAUCGUCGGAAAAGGCAUUCGUGUGGGCCGCCCACAAUCAUGGCGAGGACAGUAACGGCGAUCUGGAACAGUUGUCGGUGAGGUUUAAGAAUCCCGAAAUUGCAACGAAAUUCAUCAACGUCGUCGGAACGUGCAUCAAUAAGUUGAAAGCGAAAGGCGACGGUCUGGAGCCCGAAGACGAUUGAGAUAGGAAAUAAUGGGCUUGGCGUAUGAAGCUUUCAAUAAAAUAUUUUUUUUUAGGAUUAAGUCGUUCCCAUUACGGACAGUGCUGUUGAUUUAACGUUAUCUUUCUCUUUGUUCAUCGACUGAAUAUAUAAAUUGGCUUAAGUUCCCACACGUAUACAUUAAGUUGGCCGAUGUUUUUUUCAUUGUAAUUAAUUAAAUAUCAACAUCAAUUUU